ACCGGUGUACGCAGCAACGGUCGCGAAAACCGCGCGUUCGGGUGUUCCGGUACCGCAGCGAUUGUUGCGCUAACCGUUGACGGCAACAGUGACGCGGAUACCGUCGCGGUCCGACGAUUCGCGUUUUCGUUUCUGUUGACAGUGAUUGUUCGUUAGAAACAAUUUAAAUAAAUACAUUUUUUUUUUUUCGAGUUUUUUUUUUUUUUUUUGGUUUUACGUUUGGCUACACGUUUCCGGUCCACGUAUCGUUAGAGAGAGAGAGAGAGAGAGAGAGAGAGAGAGAGAGAAACAACAGAACGCUCGCGUCCGACGUCGUUCGUGUUGCUGACCGCCGGUUGCUUUCGUUUCGAUUUCAUUCCAUCGCAAAGCGGACCACCACCACCACCACCACCACCACAACAACAGCAGCAGCAGCGGCAGCGGCAGCACGCGGACCGCGCACUCGACAUGUGACGGCCGUCCGGGCGGUGGCCAUGGACCUGCAGACGUGGCGGUACGACACGGAACUGGAAACGGGCGGCGCGCGACCGGGCUCGGGUAACGGUACGUGCGGCGGCGGCGGCGGCGGAGGCGGCGGAGGCGGCGUCCGUGACGGUUGCGCGGUCGGCCACAGCAACAAGACGCACGCGGUGGCCGGCGACGUGGCCGUGGACGGGACUACGGCGGCGGCCGGGGUGGCGGAGGACGCGGGCGGCGGGGCGGGCCCGGCGAUGGGUCCGGUGCUGGUGAUCAAGACGGUGGCCAUGUGCUCGAUCAUACUGUGCGCGGUGCUGGGCAACGCGCUGGUGGUGAUCAGCGUGGUGCGGCACCGGAAGCUACGCAUACUGACCAACUACUACGUGGUGUCGCUGGCGUUCGCCGACUUCCUGGUGGCGCUGUGCGCGAUGUCGUUCAACGCGAGCGUCGAGAUCACCGGCAAAUGGAUGUUCGGCUACGUCAUGUGCGACGUGUGGAACAGCCUGGACGUGUACUUCUCCACCGCGUCCAUACUGCACCUGUGCUGCAUCAGCGUGGACCGGUACUACGCGAUCGUCAGCCCGCUCCAGUACCCGAUCACCAUGACGCAGCGCACCGUGCUCUACACGCUGCUCAACGUGUGGACGCUGCCCGCGCUCAUAUCGUUCCUGCCCAUAUUCUCCGGCUGGUACACCACCGCCGAGCACCAGGCGUUCCGCCGCAAGAACCCCAUGUCGUGCGUGUUCGUCGUCAACCGGUACUACGCCAUCGUGUCGUCGUCCGUGUCGUUUUGGAUCCCCGGCGUCGUCAUGAUCGUCAUGUACUACAGGAUUUACAAAGAGGCCGUUCGACAACGACAAGCCCUAUCGCGGACUUCUAGCAAUAUCAUUCUGAACAGCAUACAUCAACACAGAAUUCAGCACUACAGCCAUAGGCUUCGACCACCGGAUAGCGAGAAUGUGCCUAACGGAAACGUUCCAACGACGAAACCCAGUACGAGUUGGAGGACAGAGCACAAAGCGGCUCGCACGCUGGGAAUUAUCAUGGGCGUAUUCCUAUUGUGUUGGUUGCCGUUUUUUCUUUGGUAUGUGAUAGCGACAUUAUGCGGAGAUCCGUGUAGCUUUCCGGAAACACUGGUGACCGUAUUGUUUUGGAUCGGUUACUUCAACUCAUCGCUGAACCCAUUGAUAUACGCCUACUUCAACCGAGACUUCAGAGAAGCAUUCAAAAACACGCUGCAAUGUGUAUUUCCGUGUUGUCAGUCAUAUUGUCCAAAAGAAAGCGACUCUACGGCCAUGAGUUACGUCUAACCUGUUGGCAAUAAUAAAAAAUAAAAAUUAUAAUAAUAGUAAUAAAUAUAAUAUAUUGUAUUAUUAAGCAUUUUCAUUGAAACGGAGUACAUAACGAACUCCGAGUAUCAAACAUUUUAGAUGAUAACUAUAUACGAGUAUAAAUAUAUAUUUACGUUUUGUGAUUUUUUUUUUUUCACCGUAGGCUAAAUACCUAGCCGUUAAAUAUACUAUACAUUUACGU